UAAUAUUGCAAAGGAAUAUUAGAAACAUGAGUGGCUCAAAGAAAUACAAUGUGUUUGAUUUUCCAUUGCAUGAAGUUACCACUGAAAGCAUUAGACUAAGUGAAAGUGAGAGAAAAAAAUAUAAGCAUAAUUUGGAGAAGAUUUUGGAAAGUAUUAUUAACCAAAUGAAGACUGAUGAGACUUUCAAAUGUCUGUAUAGGAAUAUGGGUUAUACAGGAAGCUCAUAUGAAAAUUUGAAAAUCAGCAAGCCAGAUGAAUUUGAUAUUAAUCUUAUAUUUGUGUGGCCAACUGAUGCAUGUCAG